AUGUCAUUCAGUCAAAGAGCGAACAGCUCACGCCUUUGUCCGCUGUUGCAGAUCGCUUUCGAGGUCCUGAGCUUUGUCUCCGUCGUGUCCAACUGCUGGCUGCUGCUGCUGUCGCCACGGUUACAGCAGCUGUGCCAGGAGGGAGGGCUGAGCAGCACAAACAUUCUGCUGUUGGCUGUUUUGGUCGAGCAUUUGCUCAUCUUGGUCAAGCUCAUCUUGGCGGUUCUGAUCCCAGAUGAACCGGACUGGAUCCGAAAGAAGAGAGAGCACAUCGACUUCACGUCCAUGGAGGCUCUGAAACAGCAGAAGCUGCAGGGUGAAGAGUGAUGAUUGUGUUUCAGUGUCGGUCCUCCCCUGCAGGGACUACACCACAUGCAGCUGUCCCCUGUUACUCCCUGUGCACACUUUAAACUCCCUGCUGCCGUGCGUUCUAACGAGCGCAGUGCUUCUGCAACGUGCACACUUUGAAAUGCACCGUUAUUUACUCUACACGCAGACUGCAGGUGCAAUCACAACAGCUGUUAAAAGUAGUUUUCCCGAUUCUAAGCAGCAAAUGGAAUGUAGUGGUGGUUUGCGCCCUCUGCAAAGAUGGUGUUAGGGUAAAGGAGGGUUUGUUCAGAUUGAAUGAGAGAGAGAUCUGAUCUGCUCUUGUAAAAUCACUAUGUCAAUAUUUAGGGCCUGACAGGAAAUAGUAUUUAAUGUUACUGUCGGAGUACUCGACAAAAUGUUCCUUUGUUUUCUGUUUCAGGAACGUGUUUGCUCAGUACCUGGUGAUAAAACACUAGUGCUCAGGAUUUAGAAUCAGAGGACAGUAUCAUCACUGGACGGAUAAUCACAACAAACCUUCUACUUAUGUAAAGUCUGUAUUAAUAUGAGUCUUAUAAAUUUAAUUUCACACGAAUAGUGUUUCUGUUUGGAAAGAUAUUUGGCACUGUUGCUGUGGAAACAUAAAAAAAUGCCUUUAAAACAGCAGUUUAUAAUGUAAUCUUUAAAGUUGUAGACUUUAUUUUACAUUACAAA